AUGGACACAACAGAACCAGAUACACCUUUCGCAGCAGUGAGCGCGCAAACGACACGAUUAGGACGAAUAUAUCAAUCCUACCUCGACAAAGCAACACCGUACAAGGCCUACAGAUGGACCGGAUCAGGAGUCCUGCUCUUCAUGUUCAUGAUCCGCAUCGUGACUUCCCAAGGCUGGUAUAUAGUCUGCUACACCCUAGGCAUCUAUCUCCUAAAUCUUUUCCUCGCCUUCCUCCAACCAAAGAUCGACCCCUCCCUCACCCAAGAUGAAGGACUUGAAGAUGGGUCCACAAACGAACCAACCCUCCCGACCAAGGAAAGCGAAGAGUUCCGCCCGUUCAUAAGAAGACUACCAGAGUUCAAAUUCUGGCACAAUGCCACGCGCGCAAUUGCGAUAGCUGGUAUACUUUAUAAUACUCUUCUCACUCACGAUGCGGAGACAGAUUCAACAUAUGAUCAAAUACCGUUAUGUACCGUUCUCGAUCGGCAAAACACGGUACAACAGGGCAUCAUGAACGAUUUCUGA